AAGAGAUAACGAGUCCAAUAACAAGACUUUGGUUGCAAAUCUCGAGAGAUUCGCAUCACUUUCCUGCUGCAAAAAUAUACAUAUUUCAUGUUCGCACCAAAUCCUCCAUUUGAGAAAUAAUGACAAUGGAUCAAACGCAGGAACAUGAGGACAAAACUCAACAACCACUGCAACAACUGCAGGGACACGACCAGGGUCAAGAACAAGAACAGCAAGGACAGCAACAGCAACAGCAACCUCACCCACCUCCACCAUCUCCACCUCCACCACCUCCACCACCUCCACCACCACAACAACAGCAACAGCAACAGCAACCACAAUCACAACAGCAACAGCCAUCACCACCAGAGGAUGUGAAUGAACAUGAAGUGGGGAACAGGGAUAUCUCUGCUGAUAUCAUCGAUACUCCCAAAGAGAAUGGAGGGGCGCUUCCAACGCCUGUAGCCAGCGUUUUAAAUUAUCCUCCAGCAGACAAGGAGAUAGAUAAGCUUUCCAUGAGCGAACGCAUGAUGAAGAUUGGUCGAAGUUGUCCUUGCGAUGCGCCCAUCAACAGUCUACCCUCUGAAGGAGGCUUGGGUACAUCGCCAGCAGAUAGUCAAGAUGGCAAAUGCGAUUGUCAAGGUUGGAAGCCAAAGCCAGCAGGAACAAUGGGUCGAGUCGAUACAUGUGCUUGUGGCCACAAAUUAAGUUACCAUGGUGGACCCUGGACAGGCGAAGAAUUUGAGCGAAGACUCAGGGCAGCAGUUCGUAGAGAUGAGCUUCUACAGGACAAAGGAAAGCUCUUUGAUUUUGACUACGAUGACGAAGACAUUUCUUCACUACGCAAGCAAAUUGUUCCACGGGAGAUACCAGUGGAGACCAGCGAACCUAUACCGAAUGGAGAGCAUAUGGCAAAUGGUACUUUGACAAGGAGCUUUUGUCUCAACUCAAAAGGAAGAUUCAGUUAAUUUUGAUCAGAGAGAGUUAAAACAACAGCUUACUGUUGGUUGCAUAUCUUAGGCACAACAAAUGGUGAAGUUGGACAUAAUCAACCACAUACCACAGAAGACAUGUCAGAUUCAUCACCAGCUAUGGAAGUCGAAGCGACACCAGAAGGAUCCGCCAAACAUGAUCAAGUUGACCGGGAUGAUGAUGUAGAUAUGGACCGUGAAUCCAAGCGGAUCAAAAUAGAGGCAGAUGACAGUCAAGAGACGGCUCCCACUGCGAAUGGAGAUGUAUCAACAGCAGAACGGGAAGAUGAACAAGUAACUGGUCCGGAUCAGAGCGUUGAACACCCUUCACAGAUCCAAGACGAUGAAGACGAAGUAAGGAAAGAAUAACAUUACAUUCUUGUCCGUAAAAUUUUAUCUAUAACAUAGGGCAUGAGACGGGGACUUUGAUUAUAUGAGAUCUUAAAUGUCGGGUUUUUGUUU